UCGAUGACCACAGUUGACUUUUUAAAGAGCACAUUAAGAGAGGAGGAUAGAAGAAAGACUUUUAACAGUAUUUAUAUUUUAAAAGGAUUGUUGUGAAGAUGGAGGAUUUCGGAGUUUAUGCAGUUUUCGGAAGAGACGGCCCGCCUCAGAGGCUGAUCAGCGCCGACGGAUCGUGCAGGGUCCGUGUUGCAGUCCCGCCCAGCGUCCGCCAGGUGGUGCUGUUCAGCAGCGGGCCGUGGGGCGAGCGCGUCUGCGUCAACGUGGAGCUCAAUGAUGCUGACCGGUUCCCCAUCACCAUCGGAAAGCUGACUCCUUACAACAAGUGUCUGUCAUGGGAGCAGUGGGAGGAGGAGACAUGGACAGACAGCGUCACCCUGGAUGUCACUCUGGAGGGAGGAAUCCUGUACAAAACAGACUGGUCGGAACCAGAACUCAUGACUGCAUUGGAAUACACACCAAAGGGCCAAGUGCUCAAAGGCAAGCGGAAAAGAGAUCAGAUGGCCAAGGAAGACGGCGAGGACGAGGUGACGAAAGUGGGAGGAGAAGAGAACAUUUGUCCAAAUGCUUCUGGGGAGGAAACCAUCAUGAGGAAGGUGAAAGGUCAAACCAAAGGCAGCCAGAAGCUUCGAACUAGCGGCCCCGAUGCCAAAAGCACAACUAAAACAGGAGCCGGACGCGAGGCGCAGGGGAUUGUGGGAAGAACGCCUCUUCAGAGUGCAGCCAGGACGAAGAGUAGGCAGGCGAAGACUCCCACGCCGACCGCUCAGCUGGCCGGCCCGUCCAGUCGCUGGGGGCAAACGCUGUGCCCCAUCGACGCUCGCACGGCGAUCCUGAUCGGAGGGCAGGGGGCCAGGAUGCAGUUCUGCAAGGAUCCGAUGUGGAAGCUCUGCACGGAAGACUUGUCCUGGAUGGCUGCCGAGACUCUGGCGGAGGGUCCGACCCCGGAGGUCAGGAUCGGCCACACGGCCGUGUACGACAGCGACUCGGGGCGCAUCUUUGUAUUCGGAGGCUCCAAGAACAAGAAGUGGUUCAACGACGUUCACAUCCUGGACACCCAGAGCUGGAAGUGGACCAUGGUGGAGGCUCAGGGGAAGGUUCCCCCGCUGGCCUACCACAGCUGCAGCAUGUUUCGGGGGGAGCUCUUUGUCCUCGGGGGGGUGUUUCCCCGGCCGAACCCGGAGCCCGACGGCUGCAGCGACUCGCUGUACAUCUUCGACCCUCACCUCUCCAUCUGGUACCAGCCCAUCGUCACCGGGGACGCUCCCUCCGCCCGCUCAGGACACUCGGCGUGCGUGAUGCAGGAGAGGAAGAUCUACGUGUUCGGCGGGUGGGACACUCCUGUCUGCUACAACGACAUGUACAUGCUGGACCUCGGUCUGAUGGAGUUUUCUGCUGUGAAAACCAGUGGAAAAGCCCCGUCUCCACGAAGCUGGCACGGCAGCGCCGUGCUCUCAGACACAAAGUUCCUGAUUCAUGGCGGCUACAAUGGAAACGACGCCCUCAGCGACGCCUUCGUCUUCGACAUCGACAGUAACACCUGGACCGAGGUGACGCUGCCUCAGCUCUCCGCCCCCAGGGCGGGCCACUCCAUCGUUACCAUGGAGACAGCCGAUGCCUCGGCGACCGACCCGGGAAGAACCCUGCUGGUCUUUGGGGGCGGAGACAACGAGGGGGCGUUCUACAGCGACCUGAAGACGGUCGCUGUGGACGACGUGCUGCAGGCCGCGAGCAGAGCGUGAGGUGGAGGGAAGGAAUCCUGUGAAGCUGUGUCAGCGCCACACACACACACACACACACACACACACACACACACACACACACACACACACACACACACACACACACACACACACGUUAUUUAUCUUUCUGUUUUCGUUCUUGCUCGGUUGUUUUUUUUUUUUUUUUUGUGUUGACUUUUAUUUGAGGAUGAAAUAAUGCCAUCCAGAGACAAACCACUGCUGUCAUUAAAUGAAUAAAAUGCGUGUCAUUUUUCUCAAUACUGAGAAGAUUUAAUAAGAAAUUUUCUAAUGUACCUACAUUUAUAUAUAUAUAUAUUUCAGUUUUAAUCAGUUUUUUUUAAAUGUUGUCUUGCUUUCUGGUUAAUUUGGAUUGAGUUAUGUCCAGAUCGCUGCAAAAA